AUGGCUGUUUUGCUGGAGACUUCACUUGGCUCCUUUGUUAUCGACUUGUAUACAGGAGAACGCCCGAAAUGCUCCCUCAAUUUUCUUAAACUAUGCAAAGUUCAUUACUACAGCGGUUGUCUAUUCCACAGUGUCCAACGGAACCUUGUGGCACAAACAGGCGAUCCGACUGGUACCGGCAGAGGUGGGAGUUCAAUAUAUGAACAACUGUAUGGAGAACAAGCUCGAUUUUUCGACUGCGAGUUAGUUCCAAAAAUAUAUCACAAGAAACGGGGACUGGUGUCAAUGGUCAACAAUGGCAAUGGUCAGCACGCAUCACAGUUUUUUGUUACACUCGCGGACGAUCUCGAUUAUUUAAAUGACAAGCACACCGUAUUUGGAGUUGUGUCUGAAGGAAAUGACUUCUUGUCGAAAAUAAAUGACGCCUAUUGCGACAAGGAAUCCCGACCUUAUCGCAACAUUCGUAUUCAUAGGACCAUUAUUCUUGAUGAUCCUUUUGACGACCCGGAAGGUCUUGAAGUCCCACCAGCUUCGCCAAAAUAUUUAAGGAUUUUUGAGGAUGUGGACGGUACUGGACCGCCCCGAAUCGAAGAGGACGAGGAAUUGGAAGGCGAAACCGGCGCGGAAGAAUUGACUGAGGCUGAACUGGCUGAACGGGAAGCGACGAAAGAGGCGCGUACAAAUGCCCAGCUGCUUACACUUCUUGGAGAUUUACCUGAUGUGGAUGCAAAGCCGCCCGAAAAUGUCCUUUUUGUCUGCCGCCUGAAUCCAGUCACGAGGGCCGAGGACCUUGAAAUCAUUUUUAGCCGUUUUGGUGAGAUUCUCUCAUGUGAGGUCAUCUACGAUCGUCGCACUGGCAACUCGCUCCAAUACGCCUUCAUCGAGUUCGCGCGUAAAGAGGACUGCGAGGAAGCUUUCUUAAAGAUGGAUAAUGUGAUAAUCGAUGAUCGACGAAUUCACGUAGACUUUAGUCAGUCAGUUGCAAAGGAAUGGUUUCAUUAUCGACGUCAGAGCCGCCAGGACGCUCGAACUCCACCACGCAGACCGUCGCCCGAUAGAAGGCCAAGCAGAGGGGAGGAUCGUGCUGGUAAAAAGGAUUCACGGGGAAAGAGUGAACGUUCUUCUCCUAGCCCUGAUCUCAAUGAUGCACCCCGGGAACCCAAAGGCAUGGAGUUUCUUCUCUCAGACCAGGAGGACACUAGUUCCGGUCGUUCAUCCGUUGAAUCAAAUAAAAAGCGUGAGAUGUCCAACAAGGGAAAAAUUCACAAACAUCUGCAAUUUCCCUAA